UAAAAUUUAAUUGCUGAUAUUCAAUUUAUAAGACAAGUUCAUAAACAGGAACGAAAACUACAUCGAAAAGUUAAAGGAAAUGCAGUGCUUCCAGUAAUUUUUUGUGUCAUCCGGCUUAUUUCUGAUCGUUUUAGACACAUACCGCGUCUGUUAAAAGCUACAAAGAAAUCGCGAAAAUGAAACUUUUAUGAAGAAGAUUCAAAACCUUUGCCGGUUUUGACUAAAACCUUACUAACAUACACUUGGCGAAAAUGAUAACUAACAUGUGAUGACUGGUGGAGCACUCAUUAUGCAUUUACAAAUGUAAGACUUGUGAAGGAGUGUUUAUUGACAUGGAUGAUGCUGGUGGGACGAUGUCCGUGCGAGGCAAAAUGAAAAAGAAGGUGGAGGAUGAUGAAGAUUCCGACGAGGAAGUCUGCGACAGCGAGGAUGAAGACGAGACGAUCGCGCGUAUCCAACGAGCACAUUUCGCUCAGGCUGCAGCUAUGAACCCUCGGAGGAAGUCCACCUCGCGCCCCCGGCCCAUGAGCCGCAAAAGAAAAAUGGAAGCAGUAAAAAGCUUUCACAAUUUCACGAAGAAACUAAAAAAAGACACUGGCAUAGCGAUACGUAGUAUAAUCGGCAACGAUAUAUUAGAUUUAAGUGACUGUUCUAGUGAAGACAAUAGAACAGAUAGUGAUGGUUUAUCUGACGCAGAUUUUGAAGUGAACCCAAGUGCAGUGCAGGAGUUAGAGGAGGAGAACGAGAGCUACAUUGACCCUGAGACUGGUGACUUUGUACAAAGUAAGCUGAGUGAAGCACCAAGUGAGGUGAAAACCCUACCAUCUCCUGAUUCCGAGUCUAUGGUCCCGAGUGUGGAGGAACCAAAGACACUUACUAUAAGUGAUAUAAUUAAUGAAGGAGAUUUAGAUUUAACGAAAAAUGUAGAAAUAUCUGAGGUGGAGGAGAGUGAACUGUGUCCUGGAAAGACUGCUGAAGAUUUACUAAAUAUGUCCAAACAGGACGAAGGUAGCCAGGACUAUGAUAUUGCUGACAAGCUAACAGAAAUGGAUGAAAUUAGUGGGAAGUCUAUGGACGCAGAAGUGGAAGGAGGAAAGGAGGAGACGGAUGACAAAAAUGAUGCGGAAGAAGAGCAAAAAAAGCUAUUAAACCCGAAUACAUUGAACGUCCGACGCAACAUCAGAGAAGUCAUGGAUGAGAAGAACUUAGACGCGUCAACAUUGGCCGCGCAGAGGCAGGAGUCCGAGAGAUUGGCACGAGUCCAGGAACAGCAAAGGAUAAUAAGAGAGGUGCAAAGGCAAAUAGCUAUCAACCGACAAAACAAAAUCCAUCAAAAGACACUAUCGUUGCUUCAGGGUGGUUCUUCAUUAUUAAAGAAGGGAGGAGGGCAGAAACUUAAUUUACCAAAUACAGUAUUAGUAAAACUACCAUCUGGCGAAGUUAAAAGGACAGUUACCAAGGAGCAUCUAGAAGUAUCAAAGGUGGUCAAACCUACAACUUCUGGUGCAUCUUUAUUACAGAAGAAACCAGACAAAAAAGAGGUUGUAGAAAUAAUGGAUAGCAGUAGUGGUGAAGAAUCAUCAUCAUCUUCAUCUGAUUCUGAUGAUUGUAUAAUGCUGUCAGACUCAGAGUUACCACCCAGCCCUGGGGCAGAGGAAGAUCCGAGCAAUUCUGGUAUGCACGUGAAUGAUGCGUAUAAUAUUCCGGACGAGCAAGGAAGGGUGCUGAUAAACAUUGGUCACGCCGAAAACGAAGAGGGAAUAUUCUUGGCGCCACAAAUCGCCAGGGUUAUCAAACCACAUCAGAUUGGCGGAGUGAGAUUCUUAUUUGAUAACAUCAUAGAAUCCGUCCAGCGAUUCUCCACUUCCACCGGUUUCGGGUGUAUUUUGGCGCAUUCGAUGGGCCUGGGGAAGACACUGCAAAUAGUUUGCUUCUGUGACAUAUUCCUGCGGCAUACAAACUCCAAGACGGUCUUGUGCAUCAUGCCUAUAAAUACACUACAAAAUUGGGUGGCGGAAUUCAACAUGUGGCUACCUCUAGAUACAACCAAUAGCCCCCUAGCGGCGCACGGUGAAGUUCGGCCAAGGAACUUCCCCAUCUACGUACUGAACGACAGCCAUAAGACGUUGCAGAUGCGAGCCAAAGUUGUCAAGGACUGGUCAACUACAGGCGGUGUACUCAUGAUAGGAUACGAAUUAUACAGACUCCUUUGUAUGAAAAAGGACAAAAAACCUCGUAAGAAAAAGAAAGCAGAUAAGCAAGACGAGAAAGAGAAGGAGAAAGAUGAGAAGAAGAACGAAAAACCUGAUGGGUGGAAACCUGGCAUCGAAGAUUCACAGGGUGUAGACUCAAACCAGUCCAAACCAGAAGAUAAUAGACCUGAAAAAGAAGAUGGCGAUUCAUUACUCAACCCCGACGCUAAAGACGAGAAAAAAGAAGACACACCUAAUGAUGAAGAGAAAAAGCUUUUAGAUGAAAUGUACGAAGCGUUGGUACGGCCCGGCCCAGACCUUGUGAUUUGCGACGAAGGUCACCGAAUCAAGAACUCACACUCAAAUAUAUCGUACGCUUUGAAACAGAUGCGGACUAAACGGCGUAUCGUGCUUACAGGGUAUCCUCUACAGAACAACCUAUUAGAGUACUGGUGUAUGGUGGACUUCGUGCGUCCGAAUUAUUUGGGCAGCAAAACUGAGUUCUGCAAUAUGUUCGAGAGGCCGAUACAGAACGGCCAGUGCAUAGACUCCACGCCGCAAGAUAUAAGGCUCAUGAGAUACAGAGCGCACGUGCUACAUUCCCUACUCGUUGGUUUUGUUCAAAGGCGAUCUCACGCAGUGCUACAAUCUACGUUGCCUCAGAAAGAAGAGUACGUUUUACUCAUUCGCAUGACGCCGUUGCAGCGAAAACUGUACGUACAGUUUAUGAACGAAGUCGUGAGGUCUGCCACCGUCCCCAAUCCCUUGAAGGCGUUCGCUAUCUGCUGCAAGAUAUGGAAUCACCCAGAUGUACUAUACAACUUCCUGAAGAAACGCAAUGAAAUAAACUGUGCUGUUGAGGAGGAUUUAGAUUUGGAAGAAAUCGGCGGAGUGACUAAAGCGGGUCGCGCUAAGAAUAGCAAAGCUACGCCUAAGCGAGCGGCUAAGCCUAGGGGGUCCAAGAAACCCGCAGCUACUAUACCUCCAAAUACUACGGCAACGGUCUUACCCGCCAAUCAGGGUGAUGGAUUAUACCCUCCAAAUGGACCCUACGGACCUGGCGGCACCUAUCAAAACCAGCCACAUCCAGAUCGACCUGACGGCGAUCGAGCUGCCUACUCACAAUACCCACCUUACCAGAAUUCCGGUCCCGGGUACUAUCCGCCAAAUCAAAACUACAACCAGCAGUACGGAAACAAUUAUUAUCCCCAACAAGCGCCUUACACCAAUAAUUACCCCAACCAAUAUCCCCCAGCUAACCCAGAACAGGGAUAUGACCAGAGUUACUGGCAAAACAGUAAUUAUUACGGCAACCAAGGGUACUACGGUAAUCAACAGUACGGACCGAAUCAAGCCCCACCAGAAUUUAAUGCAAAUCCACCUCCGGCUUAUAACAACACUCAACAGUACCCGCCGAACUAUACCGCACCUCCGAACGAUCAACAGUAUCCAGAACCAGUUAAUGCAAUUCCUCCCUUCCCGAACAAUCAAGAGGGAUAUGAUAGUCAAACUAGGCCUGAAUAUCGGGCUCCAUUUCCUAAUACACCGGGAUAUUCAGACUAUAAUGCGCAAAAUCCACCUCAAGGAUCAUACCAGGGUAAUCAACCUCCAAGGCCACAAGGUUAUCCAAACCAACCUUAUCCUACCCCAUAUCCUGCGAGUAGCGCAUAUGAUGCAAACUCUACUACUCCUUACAAUAAUUAUGGGAAUGAGCCGCAUCAGAAUUAUCCAAAUUACCCAAAUGCUAAUCCACAAGCAAAUAUAUCUAGUCAGCCUCAAAUAGGCAGCAUAAUCACUGAUCAGCCCCAAGUUAAACCGGAAUGUCCCCUGGAUGCCAAUUAUCGACAUUCUGAUAUUAAAACAGAACCAAAUGUACCUCCAAAUUCCGCGGUCGUUCCAUAUGGCGCUCCAUAUAAUUAUCAACAACAGAAUCCGCAAUAUCCAGAAAAUGCAAACAGUAAUUAUAACCCAUAUCCUGAUUAUACAUCACCGCUCGAGACUAAACCACCCUUAUGUAGCGCUGGCUCUGGUAGUCCUGUAACUUCUUGGCCUCUAACGGAGACUCUGAAAACUGAGUUGGACCGUAUUAAAGCCGAAGAUAAACUGGAAAUUAAAUCCGAAUCGGACGGAGAGGUUAAAAUCGAAGACUUGGACACGAAAAAGAUAGUAAAGGAUGAGAUCAAAAAGGAACAUAAUAAUAUACCAAUACCAAAUAUGUUGCCUCUAAGAGUUCCAAACGAACUUCCACAGAAGAAUGAUAUGUUUCCUAAAGCGAGUAAUGUAAAAAUUGAUAUGGCGCCAGAACAAGAAGUUGUGAAAAGGGGUAGGCCACGAGGUAAGGCGAAAGAAAAGAAAGAUUCGGAUAAACCGAAACCCAGAGGUCGGCCGAAGGCUAAAGGACGUAAAGAUCGCAAAACUUCCAAAGAAAAAACGAAUGAAGACUCAGAAUCAGAGGAGAGUGAAAAGGAAGAAAAAUUGAGUAAGGAAGAAAAAAUGGCUCUUUCGAAGCAACUAGAGGAAAUGACAUAUGACUGGGCAACGGAGUUACUAAAAGAUUAUGUACCCGGACUUAUCGAAAACUCGGCAAAAAUGGAGCUCUUCUUUUACAUACUUAACGAAAGUAUAAAACUCGGCGAUAGACUUCUACUGUUUAGCCAAAGCUUGUUUACUUUGAAUCUAAUUGAAGAUUACUUGGAAAGAAACUACAUACCUGGAACCAAUCAACUCUGGGAGAGAAAUACGUCCUACUACCGUUUAGACGGUUCGACACACGCGUUGGAACGUGAAAAGCUCAUAAAUGAGUUUAACGCGAAUCCCAACGUUCAUUUAUUCCUGGUGUCGACCCGGGCUGGAUCUCUCGGAAUAAAUCUCGUGGGCGCGAAUCGCGUCAUCGUGUUCGACGCGAGUUGGAAUCCUUGUCAUGACACUCAAGCUGUUUGUAGGGUUUAUAGAUAUGGCCAAAGGAAACCGUGUUUCGUCUAUCGUUUCGUAAUGGACUGUUGCCUCGAGAGGAAGAUAUAUGAUAGACAAAUCAAUAAGCAGGGUAUGGCGGAUCGGGUUGUCGACGAGUGUAACCCGGAUGCUGUGCUGUCAAUGAAGGAAAUCACCAAUUUGUGCUACGACAAUGACGAGAAGGUGCCAGAGAUAAAAGACCUGUUAGAAUACAAAGAUAAAUACAUAGAUGUUUUAAUGCAAGGAGUCAUAACGCUACACAGUAAGCUGUUGUGUAAAGAGCCAUUCCAGCAUGAAUCGCUCCUCGUUGACAGAAAGGAGAAGAAAUUAUCCAGUGCCGAAAAGAGGCUUGCGCAAAGAGGGUACGAAUUAGAGAAGAAAGCAGCGUUAGCUCCGAAACCGACUACAGCGUAUAGGACAGUGCGUACUGCAGACGGGAGCCUUGUUCAGCGACCGGUGGCCUCAGUUCGACCUAUGCAGCACGGCGCGAGAUGGAUCCCUGCUGAUGUAUGGCGACGGCAAGGAAUGACCGCGCAAGAAAUGACGUUACCGCUAGAUGUUGUUAUACCUACAAAUUCACCCGAGAAGACCAAUAUCGUGCUAAAAGCUGGUCAACGUGUCAUGGUGUUGAAAUCACCCAAAGGAAUAUACAUGCAGUUGGAAUCUGGCAAGAUUAUAGCAAUCAAAACUUCUUUCAAGGGUUUAGGUCAAAAAGGAGUGGAAAAUAAGGAUAGUCCAAUAGGCAAGAAAGUUUUAGGUACUCGUCCAACACCUGCGAAUAUUCCUGGUUCUUUGAAAAAUAAUUCUGCUAUUACAAUAACAUCAAAAGCCGGGCCGAGACCAGCAUACAGUCGAGUUAUAAGACCAGGAAUGAAUAAAAUAUCCAGGCCAAUGCUCCCCGGGCAAAGAAUUGCCGAUAUAAGGAAUCGCUUAGGAGAUAUGCGCUCAUAUGCUAUGCGUCCCAAACUUCCAAUGCAAGGACGCAUGCUUAGACCGAAUUUACCUGGUUCACUAAGCAUAACAAAAAUACCUAGAGAUAUCAAGAGACCUGACAAUAUAGUUAAUGGCCCACCUGUGACCGUUAAUGAAGAAACUGAAAUUUUAGAUAGUGACGAAGAAAUUGAUUCUUCCAAAGAAACUAGGAACAAAAUAGCUGAUAGAACGAAAGAAUAUGUCAAAGGUGAGGAGGAGAACGCUUUUACAGAAAACAAAGACCUAAUUGAUAAAGACGCAGAGGAGAAAGUUACUGAAGAACCUAAAAAUGCAACAGAUAACAUUAAGACACCUGAAACAGUAGUAUCAAAUAUCGAGGACACAAAGUCGAUGGUUUUGACGACGGAUGAAAAAUUCCCUUCGGAAGAAGCUCUAGAGAUUAAGCCAUUAGAAAGUACAAGUAAAAUUGUAGAAACUCCUCCGAGUUCACAAGCUAGCUUAUCAAAUGAACCAAUGAAUCUUGUUAGCCGAACGUCCAGUAAGAUCAACCUCUUAAAGAACUAUAGACACCAACGACCUGUGAGUCGGCCACCGAAUGAAUCGAGCCUGAGUCAGCUUGAAAGAACUGCCAUUACGCUCAACAAAGAGGGACUUCCGGAUUUUCGCAAAAAUCUAGACGAUAUCACGCAAUCAUAUUCCCCAGGAUCUGAGGAAAGGAGCAGUUCAAGGAAAAAGAAAUCGCCUAAUAAAGUCGAUGUUGCCGAUUCCCAAAACGAGAAGCAGGCAAAUUCGAUGUCUCACAGCGUAUCUAGUCUAUUGAGCAACACGCAAAAACCGAGAAUGGAACAUGUGAUGCCAAAUUCCGUACCCCAAAGUAGGAUUCCAAAUCCGGGAAGUUUGCCGCCUAUGGCCCAAGAUCCUCAUUCUCUACCUUAUAAUAUGGCUAAGCCCCAGCCUUUGCCAAGUGUUGGACAUAGUGGGAUGAUUCCUGGUGUUCCGCCAGUGCCGGUGGGCAAUGAAGGAGAAAGUAUUGGGAACUCAGCCAUUAGUGGUCCGCAUCCGCCAACUGUAAUGUCUCCUAACCCAAUUCCUGUUCCUGGGCAACCGUACGCCGGGAAUCCGCCACCCGACGGAGCUUAUGGACAAUAUCCAGGUUACGGGAUGGGUUACGGUGCCUAUCCGAACGCAGCUUAUUACGGCGGAUACGGCAGCGGAUAUUACCCGCCGUACGGCGCAGGUCCCGCCGCCCCGUUUGCGGGGACCCCGCACGCCCCCGCGGAGCCCUAUCCCCCGCCAAACCCCCAGUGGUAAACUUAUAAGAGACAUUAUUCCAAACAUUUCGUGGACAGUUAAGUCUUUUUUGCAUAAAGCGCUGUAAAGUAAUAAUCUUAGAGAUGGCCGUAAGAAUUCAUAUAUAUCAAUACAUUAAAAUGUUCCUUGGUCAUAGUAAGCGCGAUCUAAUUGGCUAGUUUAAAGAGUUAUAUAGUGACAUUGUACAUCGUACAUGCGCAAAAUUACUCCUAGAGCCAACUUCAAGUCAAUCAAGUAAGGUGGCGCCCCGCGCAGUGUCUUGACACAUAUAUUACAAUUCAGCUCAGCUCAGGACAUUACAGAACAAAUUUUACUUUGUUUGCUUUUCUCUGUAAUUUCCUAUGAGAAUAUUAAAUAAGUAAUGCUGUUAUACCACUAAAGUUUAACUCCAAAGCAAGAUCACUUAAAUUUUACGCACGUGCAACAUUAAGUGAAGAAGUUUGCUCUUUCGAGCAUGAAACUUUCACACCAGAAUAUUUCAUGUACUAGGUAUUUAUGAAAUCUUGUCGCCAUCUCUUACGUUACAUUUCGAGUGAGUGUUUAAGUGAUACGCGAUUAGGUUAUCUAAUUCGAUCGUCUCCAACUAGCUAUUAAUCCUAAGGCUGGACACACUUAAAACAUGUCACGCGACCCGACGCCAUUACACACUACUAGACGGUAUUCACAGCGAGCAUUAUCUACGCAAACUUUUGUACGCAGCGUUCGGUACUCUAGAAAAUUUGCUUGCAAACAAAGUGCCAAGUUUGAGACUUUCUACCUAAGUUUACUUAUUCGAUCUCUUGAAAGGUAUCUACGAUUUAUGUGGUAUCGAAGAAGCGCCAUCUAGUGAAAAUAUUAAGAAACCUUACAGUCAGUACAGAGAUGGCGCUCUUCGAUACGAUACAAAUCGCGGGUAACUUUACGCGGUCGAAUAAAUAAUCUCACACUUUACAGUUUGGUGAGUACGUAUAAACGAUUUUCCAAAGUUGUGCUCACGAAAGAAUGUUAGGUUUGCGAAAGAUGCCCUAGCUUUUGUUUUAUCGCAAACGGAGAAUGUAAAAACGAAUUCCUAAAGUUGUGCUUGCGAGGAUGUUUGAUUUGCGAAUGAAUAUUCUUGCGUUACAAACGCAUGAACGUAACACGAAGUUUGCGAAGUGAAUUCUCCCGGUGAGUAACCACCUUUAACAACUACCACAACGUUGGGGAUGUCAGUUACGUGAUUCCAGUCAAUAAAUACUAGGAUUUUAUGUGCAGGUUGGGUUUUAAGUGUGCCGAAGUCUUAGGCUCUAUGUAAUAUUAUGCCAUUUAUAGUUACUAUAGUGAUGUUUUUUAAUAAAUUAAUUAGAACAGAAUUCGGGCGUCGCCGUCUCUAUCGAUUUUUGGAAAUCUGUGAGCGUAUUGAUAUAGUUUUGCGUUUUUGAAUGAUUUAUAAUAUGAAUGAUAUGAAGUGUAACUCUAUCGAACAGAUGCGAGAUCCCGAUCUUAUUUAAUAAUUAAUAGGUUUUGAGACCAGCCGGGUGUUUUUGUGGUCCUUUAAAUUAUAAAUUACUACGUCCUAUAUACGACAUUGCAGAGCAAGCUGUUGCGCAACGCUAUGGUAGAAUUACAUCGGCUCAUCUCGUCGACUUAUUGUAAAAUUUUAGUCGCGUGUUUAAAUCUCAGUUUGAUCCUACCAUCAAAAUUUUCAUUUUUUAUUUUGGAUCCCAUCAAUGUUAUAUAUCCGAUAACAAAAAAGUAAAGCACAUAAACAAAAAUUGUAACACAGGGAUUGCAGUGCGAUUAAAUUUUGGUAUUGAGCUCUACAUCUGUUCGGAAGAGGGAUUUAAUGAUUAAACCUUUGUUUUUGUACAUUAUCUUUUGACCUUGAAGACAUUUGGAAUUUAAAAUAUAUUUUUAUGUAUCAGUACUUAUUAAUUGUUUACGCGAUGACUGUAUUUGAACAAAGUUUUCAUUGUUGUCUUUUUUUAUGUGUGAAUAAAAUUAAAUUAAAAAAAGCAAUUACAAUAUUUACAAUUAAUAAAUUAAAUGUAAUAUGUUAAAAAUAAAUCUCAAUAUUUCCAAUUGUAUACUCCAUUAGAGCAAAUGGUGAUUGCAAUGCUGUAUUUCCAUUUGUGCGGCUAUGUCUCGGUCGGUAGAUGUGAUAAUAUGUUGCUAAUCUAGCAUAUAAGUCGAGUAUAGCGUGUAAGGUGUAUUUAUCGUUUAACUAGCUUAGAUAGGCAUAUAUAAUUUAGGUUUUCUUAGAAAUUUUGGUUGUCGUUUGAAUAAUUGUACCCCCUGUAUUACGAAACUUUUGAUCAAAGUAUAUUUUAAUGAAUCAAAAAAUACAGAUUAUAAAUCAAAUACCUUCUUGGUCUAUCGUGUUCGACUUCGAAUCUGAAGCAGGCUAAAAAUAUAAGGCAUUUUUUUUUCGGUUUGAAGAAUUUUCCAAGUACCAGCUCGGAGUUAGGAAAUUGACGGUGUUGACCCCUCGUGCCUCGAAGAGGACGUUAAGGGUCGUUCCGGAUUAUUACUACUCACCUGUGAAAAUAGUCAUUAAAGUUCACCAACCUGCAUUUGAUUAAAAUCCUAUCUUAUAUCAAUUAGGAGGCCUGAGCCCAGCAGUGGGAUGGCUGUGGAUAAUUAUGAUAAAGAAUUCAUAUAUUCUUUAAGAGUAUUGUUGAAAUAUAAACAUUAUUUUAGGUGAAAAAAAUGUUUUCUACUACAUAUAUACUUAAACAUGCAAAUCGAAGUUUUAGCAACUGCGGGUGGAUGCUACUCUCUGGCUGCGCUCAGAUAAAUGCGUUUUCAAAUUCCACCGGUUUUGCCUUGUUGAUGUGUAUUUGUUUUUAAAGCAACUUUUCAUCUUUACUCACUGAAUUAACAGGGAAUUAACUAUUUUAACUGGAAUAAAUUGCAUUGAUAUAUAUCGAAUCUGGUGAUUACGUCGAUCGUAAUGUAUCGAUUUUGUUUUGUAACACAGGGGGCUAAGGUAAACAUUUAGAGAAAUUUAUAAUCUCUAAAUAGAAGCCUAAAAUCCAGUGAUGUUUGAACAUGGGUAGUAUGUAUGUUUAUUAAUAUUGUCUCUGCGUCGAUCAUAUCAUGUAUCUAAAUUUUAUUUAUUACUUAUAUUAUAAGUUACAAAAUUUGAUCGAAAAACCACGUUGUUAUUAAAAAUAAAAAUAUAUAAUACCUAAAAGAGAAUAAUAUACAUAGUGAAAAUUUUGUAGUAGUAAAGCUUUCUGUGAAAGCCUGUCGGAGCAAGCUACCACAAUGCUGUGCAUGUGUUUGGUCGGAAGAACGUGGUUGCUGAUGUUAUAACAGUCACAAGAUGCUUAAAACCUCAGAUUACGCUUCAGGUUAACGGACACAGGGCGUGCAUGACGUGUGACUUCGAUUCCCUGGGAAGUGUUGCUCUGUUUAUACGAUGGUUUUCCGCUUACUAUCAUAUUAAUAUUUGGUUGUAAGUUAAGAAAACACUUGCAACCGCCGAGCAGUAAGUUACAGCCUUUUAAAUGGCAGUUACUUCUCUCUUUUUUCAAAUUUAUUGUCGUGCGUAACCGGGGUGUGGCGCGCCAGUAAGCUCAAUAUUAUUAAAACAAAAAAAAUCUCACACAUACUAUUAUCGGCGCAUUGACUAUAUUAUGCAUAGCAGUUAAACAUAUAUUUAUCUCAUAAAAUUAUCUGAGGGCAUAUUGAUGUGCUCAUUUAAUAAUACCUAUAACUAUAGGAGAAAAAACAUCAACGUAUUUUUUCUUUGGUGUGUUCUUUAGACUGUCUUUAAUUCUGAAUCUCGAAUGAAAUUCACGUUAAUAAACGUAAAAUAACAUUUUUUUUAAUGUUGUAGGUACUUAUGUUUAUAACUUAUUUGCUUUUCCUAAUGUAAAACUUGUUGUGUACAAAUGUCUAUAAUUUAUGAUUUUGACAAUUAAUAACAAUUUAAUUCUUCCCUAAUUGAAAUGAAAUGUUAAAGCCAAUUUAUUCAUUUAAAAAUCUUUAUUUUGAACUGAGCCUUAAAUUCGGUUGUACUUAAAUAAGUUAAUUAAAUUUAUUGGUCUUGAAAUAACGCUUUGCUUUUUUCACAAGGGAAUUUCACAAGAGAGAAAGAAAAUGUAGUGUUUGAGGAAGUGUGAAAGGGCAGUAUUUCUUGACCUGUCAAUUUAGUUUACUUAUGUAUACUGUGUGUAAUCGAAUAAGAAGCAAAAAAAAAUUCAAUACUAUUUACGCCUGUAAAUAAAACCCUUUAUUCCUGUUCAGUGGAUUUGAACAACCAACCUUAACACUUAAGUGUAUUCUUGUGGUCUUGUAAGGUAUAUUUUGUAGACAAGAGAUGUCGCUGUCCUUGACUGAGUGUACACCUUCUAUACUAUAGCCAAACUCGAUGUGGAAGUUAUAAAAACAAACCAAAAAUCACGAUGUAUAGGGUUAAAAACUAUAAUUUUAUCAUAAUUUCCAAGUUAAACAUUAAAAUUUUAGCUUAACAGCGCAUUCUGAAACAUAACGACCAGUAGAAGUAAUACGUAAGAAAAAUUGCAACAAUUUUUUUUUUUAAUUUUUUACUACAUAUUUCGCGGGUUAGUAACAUUUGAUUUUUUUUUUUGAUUAAUCGUCAAAUUGGCUUCAGAAAGUAUGAAAUGAUGUCAUUUUUUGUUGAUUAACGAACUUGGUUACGAUGAGUAAUCCUGAUUUACAUUUUCUUGGCAAUACAAAAGAGCGAGCCCAGAUAUCUGCGAUAAAUUAGUUGAACUUUUAAAAUUAUAGUUAAUAUUAUGAGAAUAUUUCUAACAUUGAUUUAUUUAUUUCGAGUUUCACGGAUUCUUAAAAAUAAUGUAAAAUUUUUCAAUAGGUUCAUAACAUCUGCGUGUCAUUGGUUGCUAAGCAACGUUUUGUUGGUAAACAUUCCAUGUCGAAUUGGGCAUAAGUAUAGUUUAUUAUAGUUAAUUUUGUUUUUGCAUUUGAAAGCUUAGUGAAUGCCGUUUGUCGCUAUUUUGAAGAUUCCGGUUUUGAAAAACUUAAAUGUAUAGAUUAUAAUGGCGCUUAUUCCGUUAUAUAAAAAUUAACUGAACUAUUAUAAACAAAUCUAAAAUUUAUAGGAUAAAUAUCAAUUUGGUUAAAUAUAGAGCUCUGUUUUUAACAGAACCUAGCAUCAUUAUCCUAAUCUUAAAUUCAUUAUAAGACCAGUUUUUUUUUGAUAUAAUUAUAUUUUUAAAUUAUCCUGUUUAAGAAAUUAUUUUUGUAGAUAUUUUGUAUUGAUUUCAUAUUAUUAAUUUAUUUUAAAAACACGCCAGAGGAGAAGUAGAAAGUAUGUAUGAUUUAUACUUGUGGUAAUUAUAUAAUAUUGGAUUCUGUAUGAUGUCCUGUGUACAAAUGUUCGAAGUCAUACAUUUAUUAUUAUAAUAAACCUUGCAUUUUAAAAUGGUCAAAUAGUUACUGUACUGACGGUAUCAAAUAAAGAAACUAACAAAGUGUAAA